CACUGGCACUGGCGCUGGCACUGGCACUGGCAGUCCGGUAAAGUCAGCAAAAGUCGACAAACAUUAUUUACGGAGUAUAGUUACGUGUAAUUGCGCGCUUUAAAUUUGACGUUUCUUAUUGCAUUUUCGAAUUAAUUUAAAAUCAUAAGGUUUGAAUACAAAUUUGAGUGCGAAUAUCAAACAACGGUGAAAACUAAGUUGAAAGUGCGUUGUGCAGGGUUGUAGAAUAUCAUCAAUUUUGUAGCGCAAAAGUGGUGUGGGAAAAGGCGCCGAAAAGUAACGUCUAGCCAGACAAUUUCAAUUGCAAAUCUAUAUAUAUGUAUAGAUAUAUACACACAUAACAUAUACUGGUGAAUACAUAGAACACGUGUCUAUUUGCGAAAUUUUAGAAUUUGCAAAGAGUGUGUUUGUGCGGACUAAAAGAAUAAAUACCACCAAAAUAAAUAAGUAAAAAGCAAUUUGCAUAAAAAUUUCAAACAUUUCGUUCCACAAAAAUGUCUGUACCCGUUGCUAUCAAGACAGAGGAAGUCAUUCUGGAAAGCACCGAAUACAACAGCACAGAGGAAUUGGACGAGGAGCUACAAUUACAAUUAGAAGAUUCUGGGGGUGAAUAUAUCCAGUAUCAGACGGAGGAAUCGGAAAUACCACAACGUCAGCGUCACACCAAUUCCGACAUGAAUACAAGUAGUUCAUCAACAAAGAGUGGCAGAGGAGAGGGUGGUACUUCAUCAAACAAUAAUAUCACUAAUAACGGUGGCAACAAAAACCUUCUGGAGAGUGAGAAACGUAUGCGACGAGAAAUUGCCAAUAGCAACGAACGACGACGAAUGCAAAGCAUCAAUGCCGGUUUCCAGAAUCUACGCUCGCUCCUACCACGCCACGAAGGCGACAAGUUGAGUAAGGCUGCGAUUUUACAACAAACCUCCCAAUACAUCUACGAAUUAGAAAACCAGAAGACACAGCUCUUAAACCAAAAUAGUCAAUUGAAGCGUCAACUCGGUUUGCAUGAAUCGAAUACAGCAAGUGGCUCAGCUACCGGGGCAGGAGAAAAUUCAACAACUGGUAGUUCUGGAGAUUCGUUAAACAAUAAGGGCGGAGCCAUAAAAAAACGCAAACUCACUGACAACAUAAUCAGCAUUCAGACGAUAAGUGAUUCCUCCGAUGAAGGCUUAGGUUCGAUGUCACCGGAACCGACGACACUUCUGAAUGCGAGUGGCGGCAAUGUCAAUGCGAAAAGCCAGGUAAUCAUUGCACAUAAUGUCGCCACCUCUAAGGAAUUGAGCGAAAUGAAGAAACAACUGGAAAAAGAACGGCGCAUGCGCACCAUGCUGGAAGAGGAACUGCAAAUGAUAAAGCGGCAGUUAUAUUCGGUGGCCACGGCGCCUCCAGCCUCCACAUCUACAUACAUUCCACGUGAAGUGAUCGAACACACAGAUAAUUUGGUGCGCGAAUCCAUAGAUGAGUUGCCAACUGGAACUGUUUCCUAUGUUGAAAUAGAUGAAAUGACCGGUCAAAGGCAAGUGGUUGUUUGCUCGAGUAUUGAAGAGUUGGAGAGUGAAGCUGCAGCGGCAGCAGCAGAAAUAAUCACAGAGGACCACGUACAGGAGGAGGUUAUUCUAUCCUCAACGUCGUCAACAGAAUCUGAACAAGAGGUUAAUGCUAUUGCCAAGGCGUAUGCUGAAGGCUCAUCGCCGUCAGCGGCUGUCUUACAGCCAAUAUUGCAAGCCGCCAUCAAAGCAACGCCAAAAGUGGAAGUAGAACGCAUACAGGAGAUCAUCAAAGUAAAAACGGAAAAGAUAGACCAACACAGCGGCUUGACACGUUCGCGCCAGAAUCUAGAAACCAUCGUGGAGGCAAUAAGACACUUAGAAGGUGACCAUCUAUUCGCCGAUGGCAGUGAGCAAAAAUUGCAUCAACAUCAGCAGAAUCAAAGAGCAGCACAAGAAGCUCCUCUGGCGCUAACAACAAAAGUGCAGCAUGCGCAGCGAGCUACAUUGGCGGAGUUGCGCCCUUACCUGCAAAUCAAGGGCAAUAAGCAAGUAACUAUCGUGCAGCAACAAAGCCAGCCGAAGGAUAAUGGAGCAGGAAGCAUUGGCGCCACCACUGUGAUGCCCACCGCCAUUUAUAAAGUGCAAACCACAACCGCGGGAACGAGUAAUGUGGGCACAGGACAAGGGGCGCAACAGGUGACGAUCACAACAACGGCCCUAAAGCAGGUUAGACCAGGUGUCAUUGUUGCCAAGCAGCUGUCUUGAUUGCAUUCAGCUGCAACAGUGUCGCCAACCGCAAAUAUAGCAACUACUGAAAUAGAGGUGAUUGGAAGUUCCGCUAGCGUGAGGCCAGAGACGGCAGCAUCAGCAGCGACAACAGCAGUAUCAAUUGACUGUUUCCAAAAGAAAAAUGAAUUCGAAGAAAAAAUGUCACAAUUGGAAUCGUCGUCAAAAAUUCCAAUUCCAACUACUCUGGUCACCAAACUAGUGGGUGUUAGAGGAAAACUUGCAAAUAAAGGGGCAAAAUUUGUUUCUAAUGAAAAUAAUAAUGCCACUUUAAAUAUAAAUGUAAUGGUCGAUAAAAAUUUUGCCACCAACAGAUCAAUCCAUAAUAUGAUAUAUUCGCAACCGACAAAGCCGAGAACAUUAGAAAAAUGUACAAAGACUGCUCAUAAUACCAAAUUUACCGUUUCAUCAACAACGGCUACCAACAAACUCACUGCUGUGGUUAUUUCGCCGCCGGCUGGAGUGGCGGCAAAAUCUGCAAAAUGCUAUCGCAAUUUGGUCUCUUCAAAAGGAAACACUGCUGCUGGAAAGUUGAAAGUAGCUGAAACUGCUCCUAAACUAUUUACUAAUACUACAACUACAAAUACUACUACUACUUUAAAGAUGAAUAGUAAUAAGAAACAUAAUACUUGUAACGAUAAUAUAACUAACUUUAAUUCUUGUAAUAUUUUACCUAAGUUAAUAAAACAUCAUCAAGCAGAAAAUCUUGAUGUUGCCAAUA